AUGUCUGGUUGGACCCAGAACUUGGCUCUUCCCGGCAGGUAAAUAUCACGUUUUUUAAUUUAUUAUAUCCUUUAUUAUGCUCUGACACGCUAAACCUUGUUAUCCUCAACGCCCGCGAAUAUGAUUCGUUCCGCGCUCUUUUCGGGUAAUGCGAGGAUUGAAAAUAAUUGAUAGUGAUAUGCGGAGGAUCUUCAGCCUUUGUGUUGGUUGGUUUUCGAGGGAUUUUAAUCUUUUUGUUUUUAGUGUCCGCCCAGUUUACGGCGCCAGGUAUCCUCUACCCGGGUUGACGCAAUCCACAAGUUCAACGACCGCCAAUUCCCAGAGGCCAGAGGAAGUUGCCCAACCUCCCGUUAUGACUGGAAAAACCCAACAGAAGUUCAAACAGUAUGAGAAGAAGUAAGUCGUUUUAUUUUGUAUUGUUCUUCUUGUUUUAGGUAUCUUCAGUUAAUCAACGCUUAAUGUUUUGUUUUAAAACGGAAGAAAAAUCUCUUAGCAUCGUAGUGGAAGUUUUAACAUGUCAUUUCCAGUGUUUCGGACGUCUGGGAUACGGACAUAACGCUCAAUAACCAACUGGCUUCGGAGUCAGCAAAUCAAGUCUUAGCUCAGCAUGCGAACGCAUCUAAACCAGACAACUCACAGCCUCCCCAAAAAGUAACUUCGAUAUAUCCUAAGUUGGCCGACGACUCCCAGCCAUGUUAUCCUUGGUCAAACUCAACUCCUAUAAAAGCUCAGAAAACGAAACCAACGCAGAAUGGUAAGGAGAAGCUAUUUGAGCUUGAAGUGAUGUUUACAUACUACUUGCUUAUAUUGUAACUGUAUUUUUGAACAUUUUAUCAUGGUUUAUUUUAUCAUUUAGGUGAUGAAAGCCGUUUCGACCGUCUUCGUCGCGUUGUAAAAGUAAGCGGUCACUGCGACUCCUCGGGUGUCCCAUCUAGUCAUAUGAUCAACAUUGAGCAAUUACGCAAAGAUUGCUGGUUGGGAAUCCCCAAUUCGAUCCGACCAAUGGCUUGGAGAAUACUAUCGGUAAGAGUCAUUUCCAUUUUUUAUGAUUUUUGUUUAGGGUUACGUCCCAGUAAACUAUGACCGACAGCAAGUGACGUUGGAUAGAAAACGAAAUGAGUAUUGGAAUUAUGUUGAACAAUAUUUUCAUACGAGGUACGAUGAGCAGCAACAAGAUACAUUUAGACAGGUAGGAGCUUUCGGGUUUUAUUUUAUGCGUUUAGAUUCACAUUGAUAUCCCUCGAAUGUGUCCGUUGGUUCCUCUUUUCCAACAGAAGUUGGUCCAGGAGAUUUUCGAACGAAUCCUCUACAUCUGGGCCAUCCGUCAUCCAGCCAGCGGAUAUGUGCAAGGGAUAAACGACCUCGUCACUCCGUUCUUUGUCGUGUUCCUGAGUGAAUUUAUAUCUGAUGGGGCCGAGGUCGGCACAUAUGAUGUCAGUCAGAUACCCAGAAAGACCUUGGAACUCAUUGAAGCGGAUUCGUUUUGGUGUUUCACCGCGUUACUGGAUACGAUACAAGAUAAUUACACGUUUGCACAGCCCGGAAUUCAAAGAAAGGUGGCCGAAUUGAAGUAUUUGGUCGGAAGAGUGGAUGGGGAAUUGACGAAACAUCUGGAGAGACAUCAAGUCGAGUUUUUACAAUUCGCAUUCCGAUGGAUGAAUAACUUGCUAAUGAGGGAGAUACCGCUAAGAGCGACAAUCAGGCUAUGGGACACGUAUUUGGUAAGGUUUUAAUUUAUAUUUUUGAUAGUCACUUUGCUUAUGUCGACUUUAAUACUUGAGGUAUCAUGUGGAAUAUAAAUAUUAUUUGCAGAGUGAACGAAACGGUUUCUCCCAGUUCCACACUUAUGUUUGUGUCGCUUUCCUAAGGCUAUGGAGUCGGGAUAUUCUGAAAGAGAGGGAUUUCCAAGUAAUUUUACCUUACCUUAUAUUAUAUGUUACUUUUAGGGAGCAAUGAUCCUUCUCCAAAAUCUCCCAACCCAAAACUGGUCGGAUCAACAGAUCUGUGAACUCACUGCUGAUGCCUACAGUCUAAUGCAGGUCUUCCACGGAGCUAAGCGAGAAAUCCCGGUACAUACCGGCACUUUUUGA